AUGGUUGAUCAUAACAGUAGUAAUAGUAAUAACAGUAAUAGUAAUCAUAAUAAUAAUAAUAUUGAUAGUAUUGAUAAUAGUGAUAUUGGUAAUGAAAUAACAAUGAUGAAGCCGAUUAGUGGAGACAAGAUCAUCAACUUGCCAAAAGAACAAGAAUUCUUCUUUAAAAUUCCAGAAAUGAAUUUAUAUUUUCCGACAACUAUUACUACUACUACCAUGACGACUACUACGACGACUAUGACCAAUGGUGGCACUACCACCAUGAAUGGGAACCAUAAACAAUCAAAUUCAAAUGGAGCAACUAUAGAGGAAGAGUUGGACUCUAGUGAUUUAAAAGAAUCAUUAUUACAAGUACAAAAGAAUAUAAGAUAUUUUGAAACUUCAUUAUUUAAUCUACAACAAAGUAUAAAGGAUUUUCAUCAUCUUGAUAAUAUUAAUAAUAAUAAUAAUAGUAAUAAUAAUGGUAAUAAUAACAUUAAUUCUUCUUCAUCCUCUUCAUCUUCAUCUUCUUGUUCUUAUAAAAAUAUAAAUAAUGUAUUAAAUGAUUGGUUAAAAUAUUUGGAACAAUUACAACCAAUGUCAAAUCAAGUUGAACAAUAUAUAACUUUUCAAUUACAAUUACAAUUACAACUUCAACACCAACAACAACAACAACAACAACAACAACAACAACAACAACAACAACAACAACAACAACAACAACAACAACAACAUAUUGGUAGUAAUCAAGAUGAAGAUGAAAUAUUGUCAUCAAUUGUAGAUCAAGAUGCAUAUCAAAAGAGUCAUAUGAGAAAGAGUAGUAGUAAUAGUAGUAUUGCCAGUUGUACAACUCCUAGAACAUUUAAAAAAUCGGUGGCUUAUUUGGUACAACCGAUGGAAUUUGAAAUUGAACGAGUCGAAUUGAUUGAAAUUGCCGAAGUUGAUGAAAUUGCAUAUGCCAAACAACAACAACAACAACAACAGAAAAAGAAACAAGAAACUACUAUUGAUGAAGAUGAAGAGGAAGAAGAUGACAAGUAUCAUACUCCAUUCCUUACAAUUCAUUCACCAGGAUUUAAUUUAUUAAAACAAUCAAGAAAAUUGGAAGAUAUUAAUAAUAAUAAUAAUAACAAUGAUAAUACAAUUGGUGAAUGGGAUACAACAUCAUCAUCAUCUGAAGGAGAAUCUUCAUUAUUAUUAUCUGAUGAUUCAGAUGACGAUGAACAAAAUAGUAAAUUGGCAAAACUUGGUGGUAUAUCUUAUAUUGCUACAUUUAAUCAUGGUACUAGUGAAGGUACUGGUAUGAUUAAAAAAGAUCCAUCACAACCAUCAUCACAACUAUCACAACAAUUAUUAACAGUACCAAAAAAGAUUGUUGAAGAAGAGGAAAAGAAAUAUUCUACACCAUUUUCUCCAUCAUCACCACCAAUGUCUCCAUCACCAAUGGCAGCAUUGGCAACGAGCGAAGAAAGACGACAAGAAGAAAUCAAAGAGCAACAGCCACUCUUGAUUCCACCUGGUAGUAUACCGACCGACCGAUCAUUGAUGGAGAUUGCUCUACAAAAGAUUCGAUUCAAUAUUAUGAGUGACGCUAUGCAACAUAAAAAGGGUACAGAUAUGUUGAAUGCAAUCAUUAAAGAAGCUCCUCCUUUUUAUAGUAAUGGGUUUCAACAAGAUAAAGAUAAAGAAAAGGAUAGAGAUAAAGAUAAAUCAUCAAAUCAACAAACUCAUCAAAUUACAUUAAAUGAAUUGGAAUCACCAAGAGAAACUUAUUUAUCAAAUGAAGAAGAAGAUUUAUCAAAUAUGUAUCAUAUUUAUAAACCAAUUCUUCCUCUUAAUAAUAAUCAAAAUAGUAGUAAUAAUAAUCAAAAUAAUAGAAAUAAUAAUCAAAAUGAUUUAAAAAUGUCAAAAGUUAUAACAUUUUCAAAUCCAACCAAUCAAAAUCAAAAUAAUACAAAUAAUACGAAUAAUACUUCAAUUCCAGUAUUUAAAUUUGUAAAAGAAAAAGUACCAAAGUUGAUCAAUCAAACACCAGCAGAACAAGUAUGUUCACUCUAUUAUGAAGAGUAUAUGCAAACUGGAGAUAUAUUGGAGGAUGUAGAUUGUACAGAGUCUAGUCAAAUCGAAGAUACCGACUGCUCAACCUACGACGAUACAUUUACCUCUUCGACCAAUAUAAACAUUAAACAAUCGACCACUACCUCUCGAAUCGAACAAAUCCAACAACAAAUUCAACAACAUCAACAACACCAACAACAAUUAAUUUCACAACAUCAUCAACAAUUACAACAAUUACAACAUUUACAACAACAACAUCAACAAGAAAUGGUUGAUAAUAAAGAACUUUUAACAAAUAAUCAAAAUAAUCAAAAUCAAAAUAAUAAUAAUAUGAAUCAUAAUCCAAUUUCACCAAUAUCACCAAAAAUGAUAACACCAACAAGACAUUCAAUGAUUGUUAAUAAUAAUAAUAAUAAUUUACAACAACAACAUGGUAGAUCAUUGUCACACAAUGGCGUUACAAGUUCAAACACUAAACAAUGGAACAAUGGAAAUGUGGGUAAAUACUUGAAAUUUCAUAUAUUUGUUCCUACUCAUCCUCAUAUGAGUCGUGUAGAGUUGGUCAUUGAAGAGGAUGUCUCUGUAGAACGAGUCAUCAAUGAAGUAUUGGAUCUUUGUAUAAAGGAAAAAAGAAAAAUGCAACAACAACAACAACAGCAACAACAAAAUUUUUCUCCUCCUCCUCUUUUACCUCCAAGUAGUAAUAAUCAUAAUAUUUAUUCUCCUCCUCCUCCUCCUCCUCCAAUCACUACAAACACUACAACUACCACUAAUAAUAAUAAUAAUACUUCUGCUACAGCUGCACAAUCAUCUGAAUCUUCACCAACAACUGUAAAUACAACUAUUGAUUCAAUAUCUACUUCACCGAUGGGAUCAACAUCAACGGGGGCUAGUGGAACGGCCACGCUGACUUUUCCCUUUCUUUCAUUCUCGACCAAUGCACGUGCAUACAUUUUACGCAUUGCCAACGAGGAUGGUGUCAUUGACGACGACUAUUUGCCACUAGAGCGAGGGUUUGAAAUUAAAAAGGCAAAGAAUGAUCGAUUCAUGUUGCAGCAGAAUCCUCGUUGGGUGUCUCCUACCACGUUGCCUCCACCCUCUCCUUCGACACUCAACUCUCGUGGUGGUGCAGCUGGGUUGGGUCCACGUAUCUUUCGUGUUCAUAUUGCCGCGUCGACACCGCUGUCGACUGGCGAGUUGUCCAAUCGUCACUCGCUCGGGUUGAUUGGUACACACGGCUGUAAAGAUUCAAUUGCUUUUCCCUAUAACCCUACUACAACACUCGCAUCACUCAAGAGUACGAUUUGUAGAAAGGAAAAGUUUAUAGAGGAUUUAUGUGUAUUCAUGUCGAUGGCCAAUGAAGUCAUUUGCACUGAAUCAAUGACACUUGACGAGUAUGGAGUUGGAGACAUUAAACUGGUACAUGACCGCGUUAAAAAAAACUCGAUUCCCAAAUCUGUAUCUUUUAUCCGCGAGUCUGGCAAUGCACCACGACCCAUCACCAAGCUACUCGGUCCACUCUUUUUCUUUACACCCGAUUCUGCUGCCGAGUUUAAACAGUUCCAAGUGACCAAACUCAACAAAUUUGGUGUCAAACAAGACCGCUUUAUGGGUAUUGAUCAAGACCGCAUCGUACACACAAUCUGCACCGAAUCCAAUACUCCGGCCGGAGGAUCACCCAUUAGCAACGGAAGUGGAGGUGGUGGAGGUGUCGGAGCAUCCAGUGCAGACAAGUCCAACAACAAUAACAACAAUAGCAACAAAUCCAAGAAAUCAUUCAUCAAAACAUUUAGUUCCACCCGUUUGAAAAAACCAAUUCAACCAAUGUCAGAAAUCACCUCUGUCGGUUUAAUUAGUACAAAACCUUCAAAUUUUUAUAUUAGAUGUAUUGAUGGGAAAUAUUCUGAAUAUUCUUCUCCUGAUUCAGAGGAAAUUAUUGCAAAAUUAUCUGUUAUAAUUAAAGAACAUAGAAUGAAAAGAAGAAAUUUACAAUAA